CUGAGGGGCUUGUGAGGAGGACCCUCCAGCCUUCCUGGAGCACUGGGGCACUGCCUAUGCCUUUCCUAGCAUUUCUCCUUGGGCAACCAGGACCGCAGAGGUGGGCGAGCCCAUGUCCAGGGCCUCUUGGCCCCUGGGAUGCCCACCCCAGCCCCACCAGUGCUGGCUGCCCCUUUUCCUUGGCAUGGCCGGCCCAUUGCCACCCCUGGAAACUCCCGAGCUUGCCUCUUUCCCUGAUGCAGCAGGUGGGGUCAUCUUGCUUGAGGUGUUGUACCCUCAAACCCUCCCCUCCCUUGGGUUCAUGCCUCCUGUGCCCAUGCUCAUCCAUCAUACCUUCUCCCCUGGCCCAGGGUUGUUCACCUCCAACCCGGGGUCGAGGGCUUGCUUUCACCUCAGGGAUCCUCCUGCUUCAGAAGAGGGGGCCCCUGGGUUUUCUGGCUGCUUCCUGUUCAGCUGUGUCACCCCCCUCCACCCCCAGUGUUGGGGAGGAGCAGGGAGAGGGUGCUCAGUCUUCCUUUGCUUUCCUGAGAGCUGGUUUGCACACCCCUGUGUGUGGGGCUGGACUGUGCCUUAGCUCCUUGUGUCCUGGCUCAUCCCCUCCGUCCCCUCUCCAGCCUGUGUGUGACAGCCAGCCCUGGUGUGCCACUCCGAGGGGUCCCCAACCUGCCUUCCCCCAAAGCCAUUCUGGGGACCAGGGAGCUGGGGUGGUGCCACCCAUGGCCCCCUGGACAGUGAUGGAAUCUUGGAGCUGUCGGGCUCCCCGGUAGGGAAUGCGGUGGUGGUGUCCCCGGGGGGACGGGAGGGAUGAAGUGAGCCGUGCGGUGAUAACAGAGGCCUCCACCAUCUGCUCCUGCUGGCUCGCUCUCUGACACUCUGCCCCUGGGCCUGCGACGGAUGGGAGGGCAGGAGCCCCCUUUCCCAGAGGUUAUGGGGACUGCCUCAGGAUUCUCCCUGUCAAAAAGUGGCUGCAGGCUUCCCGCAGGGUGGAGGUAGAGGAGACUGAGGGGCAGCAGCUCCUGCAGGU